GUAAAUGUUAAAACAUUUACAAUCCAUGUAUGUAGGAAGUAAAGUUCCAUAUUUGGAACCAUGCUUAUAUAAUUGACAAUAUUAAAAAAACUUGACGAUUCUAACAACGAAUAUACGUGUAAAGUUGUUACGAAUAUGGUUAAUUGGAUAACAUGCUGUUUAUUUCUUUUAUAUAAUUUGAAUCAAGUCUUCAGUGAGAAUGGCAGAGUUGAUGUAUAUGCCACUGAAGGAGAAAUCAUAACUUUGCAAUGUAAAAACGAUGCAAUUGAUCAUUGGGAAAACGUAAACAAAGGAAGUUUUGUUGUAUAUUGUAAUGAAUUGAAACCUUCUUUGAGACAUUUUUUAACAGAAGCAUGCAAUUUGCAACUUCGGGUUACUGUCGAUGACUACAAUACUACUUACCGUUGCGUUAUUGGUGGAAAUUCUCCACGUGUUAAAGAUUUCAAGAUAUGUAUGCCUACACCCCCUACUAGUAUAUACGUGUCAGAAGUAAGUUCGGGUCACCGAGUAUUAGGUGUUGAAGGUCAUCAAAUGACACUUACGUGUAAUGUAAACAGUGGAACACCAAGGGAGACGAUUUUUUGGAUUAAAAAUGGAAUAGUAGUAUUCUCCGGGGGUCCAGGAAGAUUACAGUACACGUUUAUUCCGAAACACGAAGACAAUUUUCAGAACUAUACUUGUACAGCAAACAACACAUUAAAUAGUAUAGCAUUAAGAGAACAUAUACAGCUAAUAAUUACAUAUAAAUUUUCACCUGAUGAAAUUAAUUGUACAUCAGUCAUUAGUAUAACUGAUUCAUUCACAACUGCGGAUCAGAUGCACAAUGGGAAAUAUCAGGGAAAUACCUCAGGUAUUACAAGAAGAGAAAUUAUUUUAUGUUGUGCAUUAGUUUGUAUGCUUGUCUUGACAAUCAUGUUGUAUGCAAGGUAUCGACAUUACAAAACGAGAAAUAUUAGCAUUAUUGAGCAACACAAUGACAAUACGCCGACAGAUCAAAGAGCAUCUGAAGGAGAAAACAUUCAUUUAUAUAGCACAGCUGAUGACUACAGUGUGCACUUGUUCCCAGUAGGCAGAAAUGGUAGUAUGCAAGGGGACGAUAAUGCUUUAGAGAGUUACUCGAGUAUAUCAUCCAGCAUGGAUUUUGAUAUAGAGGAAGACUAUAUUCAUCCCUACGACAUUCCUGUAUACAAUUCCCAAGAUAAUAAUCAUGAGUAUGAGAAAAUUAAUCAUUGCGGAGAAUAUUUUACCUCAAUAAAUAAAGAUGGAAAUGAAGUCGAAAAAUCCGUGUCAAGUACCGAAAUCAAAUUUUCAUCAAUCACACCGGAAAUUGUGCAAAUCGGACAUGUGCAUAUCGUUAAGUCAUCCUCAUUUAAGGGGGAUAAGAUCUGUCACAAAUAUACGAUGGAAAACGGUGGGGUUAUUACUAAUAUACAUAAAGGACUCGGUGGUGCGAUGGGGACACUGAAAUGCGAUAUUCACACUGAAAAACGAAAGUCUUCGCCGAAGUGCAAUGGGUCGUUCACUGGUGUGCGAUGGUCUAUAUGACACAAUAAUUAAUUAUUAUGAGAAGCAGAAUUUUUAUAGUAUACUUGCAUUCGUAUUGUCCAUGAGUGUCCUUAGUUACUGUUACAUACUUAAUAAAUGAUCAAA